AAGGUUGGACAAUGCGUUCGGCUCCUCAAGUGCAAGACGUGGCCGGCCAUUGCGUGUACGGUGUACCAGAGGGAGAAAUAAGAAAUUAAUGAUGAAACCCAGUUAGAGCAUCUCUAGCAGAUACCGAUCUUCGGCGAUCUGAACUUGCGUGAUUCAAUUAACCGAAGAACGGAAAUUUCCAAGCUCUCCGCAGAUCAUAUACCGAAUACGAAAACUUAUGAAUUUAAACAUGUCACGAAGUAUUUAACAACAGAAAAAGCAUCACAUUACAUACGAGUUUGAAUUCUGCAUACGAUUAAAACCUAGAGAGAAGAGGAGCUAACACAUCGCCUACUCGUCGUUGUCAGAGACGAUGAUCACCGGCGCCUUCGACCGCUCAAUGGUCUAGUCGAGCUCUCGGCUUGCUCCUUCGCCGCCCGGCGCGCGUCGUCCUUGGCCAAGCUUGCCUUGGAGCGCUCUUUCACGUCGCACGUGAUGGAGUCAUCGGAUUCUGCCCUGUCGCCGUUGCCGUCGAGUUCCUCCUCCUCCGCCUCAAGCUCCGCGGGCACUAGCGCGGGAACCGGCGCCAAAUCACCCGCCGUUGCCGCCCUCUCCGCCUCCUCCUUGAGGUACGCGUCCCACCGGCGGCAAGCGGUGGUACCACCUCAGCAUCCCCUGCCGGCGAGCACCUAGGCGCGCGGCGCUCGUCGGGGGUGAGGGCGGCGGCGGUCCCAUUUCCCCACCACGAUGGAGAACUAGGGUUUCCCCGCCCGCAAGGGGAAACAGUCCGGCCGCUGCGGCGACCGCUGGACAGAGGUGCCGUCCUCGUUGCGGUGGCGGUGGGCGGCGGCGCUUUGGCGGAUUGCGGCGGCGCAUGUUUGGAUUUGGUACCGAAACGACCCCUCCGAGCCGUAGAUAUAUGAGCUCGUUUCGGUAACCCGAAUUCUUUUUGUUGGGCCAGGUCCGGGCCGGUUUUCAGUAUCUAAUCGGGUCUUUUUUGGCCCAAAACUGAAUACGCAGUUCGGAUCGGGGGAGGUCGGUAUGUGCUAGAGAUGCUCUUAUCCUUGCUGCUACUGCCCGUUGCAAGAAGGUCACUUCUUUUUCUUUUUCUUUCUUGACACCCCCUUGCUUUUCUUUUCUUCCGUGAAAUGGCAAAUUGAUUUGUCUUGAGCUACAUUGUUUCAUAGCAUCGGAUUUUUUCCGCUGCAAGAAGGUCACUUCUUUUUCUUUCUUGACACCCCCUUGCUUUUUCCGGUCUUCAGAAAAAAAAAAGCAAAGGCAAACGAGUCUAACGUGGGAAAGACCGAAAGACCACGUCGCACCUCUUCCCGGAAAUAACAAACAAAUGGGCUUCACGACGGAGCCCAACAACGACCACGCGGUUUUUCUUUGGGCUCAAGAAAGAAGAGAAAAAAGCUCGACGCGACCCAAGAGCCCCAACCCGAGACGCCAUUGACGCCUCCAAGCCAGAGGAGGCGAGGAACACAUGCUCUCUCUCCUCGCUGAAUAGUAGCAGCAGUUGUUGACAAGAAGAGCACGGAAGCGGAAGAGGGAGAAACAAGGGCAAGCCAGCGCGCCAGGCAGCCAUUCUCGUCGACUCUCCAUCCCCGGCGCGGCGGCGGCGGCGCCCUCCUCCGCGUUCUCGUCUAGGGAUCGCGGGAUUGGGGGCGAUGGAUACCUCUACUAGGGCGGCCAAGAUCCCCUCCCUCUACCACCAGACGGAGAUCAAUUGGGAGAACCUUGACAUGACCAAGUUCUACGUGGUUGGGGCCGGCAUGUUCAGCUGCGUGACCGUGGCGCUGUACCCAGUCUCCGUGAUCAAGACCAGGAUGCAGGUUGCUUCCGGGGAGGCCAUGAGGAGGAACGCUCUGGCCACCUUCAAGAACAUCCUCAAGGUGGAUGGGGUGCCAGGGCUAUACCGGGGGUUUGGGACAGUUAUCACUGGGGCUAUCCCGGCCAGGAUUAUCUUUCUCACCGCGCUUGAGAAGACAAAGGCAACCUCACUUAAGCUUGUUGAGCCACUUAAGCUGUCGGAGUCGAUGGAGGCUGCCCUUGCUAAUGGCCUUGGUGGUUUGACGGCGUCUCUGUGCUCACAGGCCGUGUUUGUGCCCAUUGAUGUGGUUAGCCAGAAAUUGAUGGUUCAAGGAUAUUCUGGUCAUGUCAGAUAUAAGGGUGGACUUGAUGUUGCUCAGAAGAUUAUAAAGGCUGAUGGACCUCGGGGACUGUACAGAGGAUUUGGCCUGUCUGUUAUGACGUAUGCACCUUCUAGCGCUGUGUGGUGGGCAAGCUAUGGAUUCAGCCAGCGUAUAAUUUGGAGUGCUCUUGGUCAUUGGCAUGAUAAAGAAGAUACUCCUGGCCAGUUGAAAAUAGUCGGUGUUCAAGCCACAGGGGGAAUGAUUGCUGGUGCAGUGACCUCUUGCGUUUCAACUCCCCUAGAUACAAUCAAAACCAGGCUGCAGGUAAAUCAAAACAAGCCGAAAGCUGGUGAAGUAAUUAGAAGAUUGAUUGCUGAAGAUGGAUGGAAAGGUUUCUACAGAGGCUUAGGUCCAAGGUUCUUCAGCUCAUCUGCUUGGGCUAUGUGCAGUAUGCAGGGUGUUAGUGGCUCGUCCAAGAGUUUUCCCAAACAUGAGUCCAAGCACAUCUCCGAUCAUAAGAAUGUUGUCCGAUGUGCAAAAUUUAGUCCAGACGGGAGAUAUUUAGCAACUGGAAGUGGGGACACAUCGAUUAAGUUCUUUGAGGUUCCGAAAAUUAAGCAGACAAUUUCAGCGGACUCCAAAGAAGGGUCUGUCCGGCCUGUGGUUCGCACAUUUUAUGAUCACACCCAGCCCAUCAAUGAUCUGGAUUUUCAUCCAAUUAACCCAAUAUUGAUAUCUGCAGCAAAAGACAAUACAAUAAAGUUCUUUGACUUCUCAAAAACUGCUGCAAGGAAAGCAUUCAGAGUUAUUCAGGAUACUCAUAAUGUUAGAUCUAUCUGUUUUCAUCCUUCUGGGGAUUACAUUUUAGCAGGGACUGAUCACCCAGUUGCUCAUCUCUAUGAUGUAAACACUUUCACAUGCUACUUAUCGUCAAAUCCACAGGAUUCUAGUGCUGCCAUUAACCAGGUGCGCUACUCAGGUACUGGGAGCUUGUAUGUGACUGCUUCUAAGGAUGGUUCUCUCCGCAUCUGGGAUGGAGCAUCUGCUGAAUGUGUUCGUCCCAUAGUUGGGGCACAUGCAUCUGCAGAAGCUACUAGUGCAAUUUUCACCAAAGAUGAGAGGUACAUCCUAUCAUGUGGGAAGGAUUCUUCUAUAAAGUUAUGGGAAGUUGGCACCGGAAGACUUGUGAAGCAAUAUGCUGGUGCUGUUAACGGGCAGUUACGAUGCCAGGCUGUCUUCAACGAAAGUGAGGAGUUUGUACUAUCAAUUGAUGAACAAAAUGUGGUUGUCAUCUGGGAUGCACUUACUACUAAAAAGCUGGCAAGAUUGCCUUCUGGCCACACCGGCGCCCCUAGGUGGCUGGAGCACUCCCCUGUAGAGCCAGUGUUUGUUACAUGUGGAACCGAUAGAUCCGUCAGAUUCUGGAAACAAAUGGUGUAGAUUCAACUUAGUGUUAAAAUCAGAAAGUUUGUUAUAGCAUGGCUGCAUUUGGUGAAAUUAAAAGGAAGAUUUGCUUGUGUCCAGGCCCUUUGUAACUGCACUUGUUGUACAUGUUGCUUAAGUUUGGCACUGUGUCAUGCUUGGUUAAAAAACAAUUCCUUUGAUUGCAUUCGUGGAAGGACAGUCCUUUUUUGUUUUUGGAGGAGUACAAUGACAGUUCUGAGCCUUGAACAAAAAUGCUCUCCACAUGUAUCACUUGUUUUUCCUGA